GGUGGAAUAUGUUGCAGACAUUCCUCCCCUAUCUAUUGCCAGGUAUGAUAUAUCCCUGAUGUGCCUUGUGUAUUCCCAGGUCACACAUGACCUGACGAGAUCACCUGACGAGUCCCUUCAUGUAUUCCCAGGUGGGAGAUAAUACCCUCUGACGUGUCUCUCAUAAUUCGCAGAUCGAAUCCUGACGUGUUCUGUAUGUGUGUAUUUCCAGGUCAGACAUGUACCUCCACGUGGCGGACGGCCGGCAGCAGAUUGUACCCACUGGCGAGGUGCUGCGAGCGUUCGACCUCCACUACGACUACAUUCAGAGGGAGCAUGGCGCGCUCAACGUACAGAAAGUGCAGGCGGCUGACGCGGCGCCCACCUCUCACGAGACGAAUCAGACGCUGGUGACGCUGGUGGCACUACUGCUGGUGCUGGUGAUCGGCCUGGUGACAUUCUGCGCCGUCUGCUGCUGUCUAAAAACCGUGCCGGUCGCCGUGCCCUCCUACAAGGAGCAGGUGAAGCAGCCGCCGCAGCCGCCCACUCCGCGGGCCUCUGUGGAUCAGCCCGAAACACCGCCUGGCACCGAGAACCCUCUCUGGAUCGGAAACAAACUCAAAAUGUACGAGGAGCAGGAGCUGAGCAUGCAAGUGUCCGGUGAUCCUGAGGCGGCCGGAGGAGUGGAGGACACCCUCUCCUCAGGAGGAGGGUCAGAAUACCUACGCCACCAUCCAGCGGCCCGGCGAGCCGGCCGAACAUAGUCCCAACGGAGAUACAGCCGAUUACGCGACCCUGGGACGGUACUCCUCUCCGACUCUGCCCCUGGGACCCACAAUCCCUGGUGUGGUACCGGCACGAGAGCGACUACCGGGGGUGCCUCCGCCGCCGCCGACGGCCGCCCAGCAGUCCGGCGCAGAUAGUCGCCAUCGACGACUGAGUGUCGGUAGAGACGGCCGGCCCGAGCUGGUGUCCGAGCUGCAGUGAAUACCGGCGGAAGCAGGGUCUGCAGUGAAUCCUGGCCAGAGUUGGUGUCCGAGCUGCAGUGAAUACCGGCGGGAGGGAGGAGGGUCUGCAGUGAAUCCUGGCCAGAGCUGGUGUCCGAGCUGCAGUGAAUACAGGCAGGAGGAGGGUCUGCAGUGAAUCCGAGCCAGAGGUGGUGUCAGAACUAUACUGAAUUCCGGUUGAAGGCAGAGUUGCAGAGAAUACCGGCGGGAGGCCUGCAGUGAAUACCGGCAUGAGAGGGGAUGCAGUGAAUCCCGGCUAUAGUGACCCCGUAGCGAUUCGAGACUGAAAGUGUAUCGGCAUUGCAAUGAAUGCCUGCCGUACCAAGUACUUUGGGAGUACUGCCGUUUGGAGGGCAUGCAGUGAAUAUCAAUCGUUGAGCAUGCACUGAAUACCACCUAUGUAGAUGUUAAGAUUGCGAUGAAUGCCGGUAAGAGAUGCGACCGCAGUGAAUGAAGGGCGACUUAUAAAUUAUAAAAAAAAAAAUGUAUAAAUCAACAGAGAACUUAGCGAGAGGUGCAGAAAGCAAAUGUGUACGUCUAGCUUUUGAUGAUGAACUAUCUGAAUUACAUCAAUUAUCGCAACAACUUGUUGAGCGAUAAGGCAAAAGAUUGAAGGAGUUAUUGCCUUUCGACAUAUUUUCUGUUCAUAAUUGUCCUUUCUCUGUCUGCAUCCUGGAUUUGCUCGUAUGUAAUCUAUUCGUUUGCUCGCUUUUCGCUGUGAUGGUUGUAUCAACGAGUUCUUUAAACGCCUCGGUGUUUUACGCUCCAUUAUGCGCUAUUUAUUUUCUAGAACAUUGACUUCUCCAAAUGCGAACCAUGUACAAUGUUCGGUGGUUUGCUCGACGAAGCCAUAUUUGGGCAGUUAUUUAGGACCAGAGACUUGUGUGGAACAUUUAGAAGCUAGAAUAUUGCGGUGUUGGCGGAUGAGUCGUCAAGCUGGUGUACUGAAACCGGCCGUAGUGCUUGUCGUUAGCAUUUUGAGACAACGAAUGAAGUCUAUUGAUAUCCAUCCUACUACAUGUAUCUUCGCUAGAUUAGCGAUGAGACUGAUGUCGAGUCGACUUUAGAAGCAAUGCUCUGUAUUGUAAUGAUCUUAUGUAUUUUUCCAUGUCGCUUAGAUUGGUAGUAUGAGGUUGUGGGGCUGUUGUUUUUUUAUAGAUAUUUAUCAAAACUGUCCAUUGCUCUGUAUCAUCAUUAUUUGUAUGAUUUUGUAAGAAAUAAAAAAGAAAAAUUGA